AUGACAGAGAAAGUUCAUGAAGAGAUUGACCGUGUGAUUGGUCGAAGCCGAAGCCCCUGCAUGGCGGAUCGAAGCCAGAUGCCCUACACAGAUGCUGUGAUACAUGAAAUCCAGAGAUACAUCAAUCUUGUCCCAUUAGGUUUGCCACAUGCCGUGACUAGAGAUGUUUAUCUCAGACAGUACCUCAUUCCCAAGGGCACCACGAUAUUCCCUGCACUGAAGUCAGUUCUAUAUGACAGAAGGGAAUUCCCAAACCCAGAGCAAUUUAACCCAGGACAUUUCUUGGAUGAAAAUGGUGCCUUUAAGAAAAGUGACUACUUCAUGCCUUUUUCUGCAGGGAAGCGGAUUUGCGUGGGAGAGGGUCUGGCUCGGAUGGAGAUAUUUUUGAUACUGACAACGAUUUUGCAGAACUUUACAUUGAAACCUGUCAUUGAUCCCAAAGACAUUGAUAUAACUCCACAGUCGAGUUUUGUGUCAAAUGCACCAAAAUCAUUCCAGCUCUGUGUUCUUCCUCGAUAAAGACAAUGAAAAGUCACCUCAAUACCUUAGAC